AUGAGGGCGACACUAUCAUCUUUGUCAGUGAACAAAAUGGCGUCUUACUGUUUGACUGUCACUAGGUUGCGGCUGGCCCUUGGAACCGGGGCAAGGCGUUUUCAUGUCUCCGCAGUAUUCAACGCCAAGGCCAAGGUGUCUAUGAGCCGCUUUGAGCCUGACACCAGCAUUAACUAUGAGAAGAUGCACGAGAACAUCAAGAUUGUGCGCAGCAGGCUCAGCAGGCCUCUCACUCUGUCGGAGAAGAUCGUGUACGGUCACCUGGACGAUCCAGCAGGGCAGGAGAUCGAGCGCGGCCGCACCUAUCUGCGCCUGCGUCCAGACCGCGUGGCCAUGCAGGAUGCUACAGCUCAGAUGGCAAUGCUUCAGUUCAUCAGCAGUGGUCUGCCCAGGGUGGCGGUCCCCUCCACCAUCCACUGCGAUCAUCUGAUUGAGGCUCAGAUCGGAGGGACGGAGGACCUACAGAGGGCUAAGGAAGUAAACGAGGAGGUGUACAACUUUCUUGCAACUGCUGGUGCUAAAUAUGGAGUUGGCUUCUGGAAACCCGGAUCAGGGAUUAUCCAUCAGAUCAUCCUGGAGAAUUAUGCCUAUCCUGGAGUGAUGCUGAUUGGUACAGACUCCCACACUCCCAAUGGCGGUGGCCUGGGGGCCAUCUGUAUUGGAGUGGGCGGAGCUGAUGCUGUGGAUGUCAUGGCUGGAAUCCCUUGGGAGCUCAAGUGUCCUAAAGUGAUUGGAGUGAAGCUGACCGGAACCUUGUCUGGCUGGACCUCUCCAAAGGAUGUCAUCCUGAAGGUGGCCGGCAUCCUGACUGUGAAGGGUGGCACUGGAGCCAUUGUGGAGUAUCAUGGGCCUGGAGUUGACUCCAUCUCCUGCACUGGAAUGGCCACUAUCUGUAACAUGGGUGCUGAGAUUGGAGCCACCACGUCUGUUUUCCCCUACAACCACCGCAUGAAGACGUAUAUGGAGAAAACUGGCCGUGGAGAGAUUGCCGCUGUGGCUGAUCAGUUCAAAGAUGACUUGGUCCCAGAUAAUGGCUGUGAAUACGACCAGGUCGUAGAGAUUAACCUGAGCGAGUUGAAGCCUCACAUCAACGGGCCGUUCACCCCCGACCUGGCCCACCCUGUGUCUGAGAUCGGGGCUACGGCUAAGAAGAGCGGCUGGCCCCUGGAGGUUAAAGUUGGUCUGAUCGGCAGCUGCACCAACUCGAGCUACGAGGACAUGGGCAGGGCGGCCUCUCUGGCCAAGCAGGCUCUGGAUAAAGGUCUGAAGUGCAAGGCCCAGUUCACAGUCACCCCUGGUUCUGAGCAGAUCCGCGCCACUAUCGAGAGAGAUGGAUAUACCAAGAUCCUGAGUGACGUUGGUGGUGUCGUACUCGCCAAUGCUUGUGGCCCCUGCAUCGGACAGUGGGACAGGAAGGAUGUGAAAAAAGGAGAGAAGAAUACUAUUGUCACAUCCUACAACAGGAACUUCACAGCCAGGAAUGAUGCUAACCCAGCUACUCAUGCGUUUGUCACCUCUCCUGAGAUUGUCACUGCCAUGGCAAUCGCCGGGACACUCGACUUUAACCCAGAGACCGACUACCUGACGGCUGCUAACGGAGAGAAGUUCAAGCUGGAACCCCCCACCGGUGACGAGCUCCCCUCCAGGGACUUUGACCCGGGCCAGGACACCUACCAGUACCCCCCGGCUGAGAGCAGCGCAGUAAAGGUGCAGGUGAGCCCCACCAGCAACCGUCUGCAGCUGCUGGAGCCCUUCGACAAGUGGCAUGGAAAAGACAUGGAGGACAUGAGGGUCCUCAUCAAGGUGAAGGGAAAGUGCACCACCGACCACAUCAGCGCUGCCGGGCCCUGGCUGAAAUUCCGCGGUCACCUGGACAACAUCUCCAACAAUAUGCUGAUUGGUGCAGUCAACAUUGACAAUGAUGCCGUCAACAAAGUCAAGAACCUGCUGACAGGAGAAUUCGGAGGUGUGCCUGAUGUGGCCCGCCACUACAAGGCCAAUGGAGUGAACUGGGUGGUGGUAGGAGACGAGAACUAUGGAGAAGGGUCCAGUAGAGAGCACGCUGCCCUGGAGCCUCGGCACCUUGGAGGACGCGCCAUCAUUGUCAAGAGCUUUGCCAGAAUCCACGAGACUAACCUGAAGAAGCAGGGCCUGCUGCCUCUGACUUUUGCCGACCCCAGCGACUACGACAAAAUCCGCCCCGAUGACAAGAUUUCAAUCACUGGGCUGAAAUCCUUUGCUCCCGGCAAGCCCCUGACAGCAGUGAUCAAGCACAGCGAUGGCAGCCAGGUGUCCGUCUCUCUAAACCACACCUUCAAUGAGACGCAGAUCGACUGGUUCAAGGCUGGCUCUGCUCUCAACAGGAUGAAGGAGCUCCAGUAAUUGGCAGAGAGGAGGGAGGCGGGGCCAAUCGAGGGGCCUUGGAAUGGGGUUAAGAAAGGGAGAAAUGUUGGCCUAGAGAGGGGCUUCGCAAAGAGGAAGAGACGAUGUGAACGGUAGAUGGUAACCAGACUGGUUGGUUGAUGGGACAGCUGUAGUCAUGCUCAGUAAAAACAACACACACACACACACACACACACACACACACACACACACACACACACACACACACACACACACACACACACACACACACACACACACACACACACAAGGUCGCUGUACAAAUUAAAAGCGCACACACUUACACACAAACAUAUACUGUACAUGCACAGACAGGAUUACUGUAAAAGCACUUCGACAGGCAGAAUUACACAAACGCACUCUUAGCUCAGCUUAGCGGUGUGUGUGUGUGUGUGUGUGUGUGUGUGUGUGUCUUUGUAUUAGGCAGCAUUGUUCGUACCGGCAGCACUCCUCAGUUUAACAUCAGGUUUGUCAAGCUUAGCGGUUCAUUGAGUGUUACCCUGCAGCGUCUCGCUAAAUGUUUCAUACACAGACGCUCAUCUUUCUCUAUUGAACAGUUUCUUAUCCUAAUUUUGUGAAAAUGCAGCCUGGUGGAAGCAUUAACAUAAAGCAUAAUUUAUUAUCACGUACACUGUAUACCAUCUUUAAUGAUUCAGACCCUGGAUUAAUAAAGUUAGUUGCAGAAUAUCAAAUAAAAUUGGUGAAGCAGUGACGAGUUAACCGACCGCUUUCUGCUUUAAAUUAUUAAACUGCAAAAUCCACCCCAAGACCAGACAGUUCUUGUUAUCAAUCAUACCUCCUAUUUAAUGUUUGUUUCAGUAGUCUCCAUCCAAACAGCUCGAUAAGCUCACUGAAUGUACUUUUCCUUCAUUAUCUCCAGACGGGUCACCUCUUUCCCACGUGUUCUCUAGAAUUCUACGUGUAUAUUCUCCACUAAACGACUUGAGCAUGCGUUUCCUCACUAAUUGUAGUUGGGAGCCACACUGUAAACAAAAUACCAGGCACACUUAUUUACUGUAAGCGGCAUUAUUGAAAUCCCAUGGUCCCGAUACGGUUACAGCCCAUUCACUCUGUCUGAGAUCUUGUGUUUUCCUGCUGCUCUUCUAUAGCUUGCUUGACUCGUUCUCUGUCUUUUUGCAUGAUAUAACACCCCAUUGUGUGAAAACUCGGGACUGGGACGACAAACCACACAACACAUAAUGCCAUUGUGUUAGCGCUAGCCUUUCCAUUUUUUUUUUCCUUUCCAUCUGUGUUUUGUCCUGUGUGUAUGUGUGUUGUGCAUGAUUAUUUUUAUCGGGGGUUAACAUCGGUCUGUGUUCGCAUCUGUGUGUUCCUCUUUGCUCAUCCCGUCUCUCUUGUUGUUCUCACCAGGCUGACUCGUGCAGUCCAAACCACAACCUGAUAUGUUUGGGGUAAUAGGCUGAAAUCACAUUUAUGUUGUUAGACUUCAAAGCUACACUUGGCAAGAUAUAUUUAAUGUAAAUUCGUAUGUGUGCGGUAUAGACACAGGAACUCUUCCGUGCCCAGAGGAAAUUGCAGCAUAACAGUGUCAUGAAAAGUCUGCCACGAUAUAUCCAGAGAAAGCUCUUCUCUUCUAUAGUAGGUCUUUCGUCUCAUUAUCCCCAAUUACUGUACACCCUCUGGAACAAUGCUUCUCAAACGUUCUGUUAUCGUGGUUUCUCUGUGUCUCUCUCCUCACUAUCAUCUGGAGUUGGCAGCGUGUGAAAUUGCCUUGUGUAGCUGUAAUGGGAGAUGACAGGCUGUUGCUUGUCUUAUGACUUGCAUGUUUUUUUUUCAGGUUGAGGUUUGGUUCCUACGCAGCAUGAGCAGGCCUGCUGUCUUGAUACACAAAGUAACGCACAAUCUAGUGUCCAGAUGCCUGUACACUAGCACUUUGUAGAGUUGUGGAAGUAGUUUCAGGGGCGCUUUGCUACGCUUUCAUUUUAUCGUCUGCAAACAUUUCACUCUUCAGCGCACAUCUCUGUUGUGUGUGUGUGUGAGACUAUAGGACUGACAUACAACUUGUAAUAUUCAUUGUGGAUACGCAAGUUUUCAGACAGUAGAAAUCCAAGAUAAUUCUUUAUUGGUAUAAACCAGAGUUUUACCAUGAUGUAUACCCUAGUGUGCGCUAAUGAAACCGUCUGGUUAGGUAUUGUUGUGGGCAUAGGGAUGUUUGACAUAAUUGCUGCUAUGUUUUAUGUUGGAGUACUGCUAGUCUUCUAUGUUUAGCUCUUAUCAUCGACCAGAGUCUAUAAAUCCAUCACUUCUUCUUUCUGCUGUCUAGGAAGUAAAAACCCUUCGGAUUAUUACAGUUCCUGAGGUCAAUCCCUAUGUACUAAACAAGUUACUAAAUUUGGACCUGUGUGUAAAUGUGUGAUAUAUAGCUGCACUUUGUAUAGAGGUGUGUACAUAAAUGAUAAAUCAUUAUAUAGAUAUAUAAACAAAGAGAGAGAGAGAUCAAGCAUGAUGUAUGCUAGCUGUGCUUUCUAAAUGAGAGCCGCUAACUCUUGUUUGUGAAGACUUGUAACAUAAUGUCAUGGCAUGGAGUCCCCUCUGUUGUCUUCAAUAAGCUGAAGCCCCAUUAACCUAGUGGUUUCACACACCAGUCUCGGAUUGGGAGUUAAAUUCCAGCGCAGAUAUCGGAUUGUAGCUGUCGGUUACUGCUGGGCUUUGACAGCGAAAAAGGUCCUUGUCAUUUUUAGGAAGGUGACUCAUGACGGUUUUGUGUAUUUUUCUUAAUUUUUUAGUUUUCUUUCAAACUGUUUUCAGGGACACAGAUGAUUUGAAAUAGCAGCAGACCAACUUUUAAAGAUAUAUGUUGGACACGAAUGAUUCCCUGUAGGGGUUACCUGUUCACUCAACCACUCAACACUUUGAGAAUCCUCAUUUCUUUUUGCCCCUCAUAAAGUUUGUCACUUUGAUGGUUAAACACUCCUCACCAGUGUGUCCGAUUUACUGCCAAAGAUGCCUAAUGAAAAUACUGAGAUGUUGAGAAGUAAUGGUUAUCCAUAGCCAUUGUAUUUGGGGAAAUAACACAUUAUUAUAUGAUCUUUCAAAUAAAUCACCAUGUCCAUAAUUAUUUGGUUAUGCACAGGGGGCUGCUUUGUACAGAAUUCACGCAUUCGAAAAAAUACUGAUGCAUUUGACCAUCCCUUGUUCUCUGUCAGCACAUUUAAAACGGCAGUUUGCUUGUACUUCGAUGUAAAAUAAUACUUUGUUGUUCACUGGUUCCUUUUGAGUUUUAAAAGCGCUACUGUAAUGUGACAAAUCCAAAUGAUGUUGUUCAUGAAGGAAUGCCGACUGUGUCAUUUUGUACUCAGGUGUGCUUGGUCAGGCUUCCCUCUGAUGUGUUUGAAAUCCAUUUUACUCCAUGCUUCGUUUGUUCAGACACGGCAAAUAAAUAUGGAUUAUGAACAGGUGUUUUCUCAUAGUGAUGAUUCCCCCUUACACUCCGGUUUCUGCAAUCAAAUCUGACUUUGUAAAAGUAGAUGAUUGAAAACGCCUGCAGUUUUGUUGCUUGAGAGAUUUCAAAUAUCUUGACAAUUACAAAAUGACUGGUCAAUUAAUAAAGAUACAAUUCCGAA